ACUUCAAGUUACAUAUACAUGUAUUUCAGUAAGAAUGGGGCAUAAAGGUCACAUGGUGUAGACGCAAUUAUAAAUAUUAUUUUUUUAGUGUUUUUUGGGUACUUAUAUUUAAAAGACCCAAAUGAGCUAAAUUAAAUUGUUAAUAUAUUGAACUGUUUUGUAGUUAAGAUGGAGAGCUGUAAGAGUGUACGAGAAUAUUACAAAGGCAAAACUAUCUUCAUAACGGGUGCUACAGGAUUCUUUGGGAAAGCUCUCAUCGAAAAAUUGUUGCGCAGUUGCCCAGAUAUUCGUCAUAUUUAUGGGUUAGUAAGAACAAAAAAAGGAAAAACUUUGAAUGAAAGAAUCGAGCACCUGUUUUCUAAUCCGAUAUUUGAUUUGUUGAGAGAUACCAAACCUGAGUCAUUUAGUAAAGUCACAUUUAUUAACGGCGAUGUCUGUGAAGAAAAUUUAGGUUUGUCCAAUAGUGAUAUGAAAAUGUUAAUCGAAAAUGUAAACAUCAUAUUUCAUACUGCUGCCUCUGUUAGAUUUGAUGAUUUUUUGGGAGAUGCAAUACAAAUAAAUUUAAGAAGUUCGCGAGAUUUGGCACUGAUGGCACUAAAAAUGGAAAAAUUGGAGGUUUUUGUUCAUGUAUCUACAGCUUAUGCUAGUGUAACUAAAAGAAAAAUAAUUCCAGAAGAGCUGCUUCCAGUUCAUGAUGACUGGAAAGAAAUGAUCUGCCUGGCUGAAAAAAGCGAUACAAAUAUAUUAAACUAUUUGAGUCAUAAAAUUGUUGGGAAAUAUCCUAAUACUUAUACUUACACCAAACACUUGGCAGAGCAUUGUAUCAACGAUUUGUUGGGAGCCAAAGUUCCUACAGUUAUUGUGAAACCUACUGUAGUGUCUAGUUCCAUUACUGAACCCAUGCGAGGCUGGACAGAUAAUUUUAAUGGUCCAAUAAGCAUUGCCCUCGGAUCUUGUUCUGGAGUGCUAAGGAUAUGCUUGGCUGAUAUGAACGCAGCUGUUGAUUAUGUGCCAGUAGAUACAAUAGUUAAAGCGUUAAUACUAUCUGCUUGGAAAACUGCACAAACGCCAUUGACAGCUACUGAAGUGAUACAACCGAGCGCCUUCGGUUUCAAGAAAUAUUCUAUGAAAUUAAUUGUGGAUAUUGGCAGCCAAGUAUGGUACAAAUAUCCCCUAGACGUGCAAAUUUGGUACCCGAAUGUUAAGUUUACACAAAGUUUGAUUUAUUACUAUAUUAAUGCAGUUUUAUUUCAUCUUAUACCAGCAGUAUGUAUCGAUUUGCUUCUGAGACUAUUUCGAUGCAAACCAAUUUUAUUCAAACUUCAUAGAAAAAUAUGCGCGGCAAACUUGGCUAUAAGCUAUUUUCUUGAGAACGAAUGGGACUUUUUGAAUAGCAAAGCUCUAAGCUUAGUUGAUGGUUUGGAUGGGUCAGAAAAGGAAGAUUUCAAAUAUGUAUUUAUAACUGAUAAUGAAGUUGAAUAUCUGAAAUGGAAUACCAUAUCCGCUAAAUGGCUCCUAUUGGGACAAAGUAAACAUGUCAAACCAUCUGCAGUUAAAAUAAACAGAGGAUUCUAUUAUUUAGACAAAAUUUGUAAAGGAAUCUUUUAUAUAUGGUUAAUUUGGCUUGUUUUCUUCAAAUACCACAUACAAACAACUUUUUUCGAAGCCACUUCAAACUACUGGAACAGAUUAGGACAGCAAUAAUAACAAAUCAACAAGAAUCACAUUCUGUAUUGUUAAAAUAAUAGAA